AGAGACACACGGAAUAUGUUGUCUCCUCUCCCCGCAUCUCCCCAUCCGUGGUUCCGCCACCAAGCGGCACUAUAAAUCCGAACACUCCCCCACCCACUUAACACCCAACACUCUCCAUACAUAUAAACUGUAACUGCUCUCCCCAGCUCCAACAUUCUAAUCAUCAUCAUAAUAUAAUAAUAAUAAAAGCCACAUAUGUUCGAGACGGUGAAGCACCUGAUCGGCUCCUCCGGCCCCAGCGGCGUCGGCAUGAGCCCCCCCGCCGAUGACGUCACCCACGGCGCCGAUCUCAGACUGCUCACCGCCGUCAUCACAGGAGCGACGUCGGGGAUAGGGGAGGAGACGGCGAGAGUGAUGGCGAAGAGAGGGGCGAGGGUGGUGAUUCCUGCUCGGAACGUCAAAGCGGCGGAGGAGACGAAGGCUCGGAUCCAGUCGGAGUGUCCAGGUUCAGAGAUAGUGGUGAUGCACAUGGAUCUCAGCUCUCUCUCCUCCGUCCGCCGAUUCGUCUCCCAGUUUGAAGCUCUCCAUCUCCCUCUCAAUAUCCUAAUAAACAAUGCGGGGAAGUACGCAGAGAAGCACUCCGUCACCGAGGACGGCAUCGAGAUGACGUUCGCCACUAAUCAUCUGGGCCAUUUUCUACUUACGAAGCUGUUGCUAAAGAAGAUGAUGGAGACUGCGAGACUGACCGGCGUCCAAGGGCGUAUCGUCAACGUCUCCUCGGUUAUCCACAGCUGGUUCUCCGGCCAUUUGCUCCGAUAUGUCUCCCAAAUCUCACGCAACAAGCGUCAAUAUGACGCGACUCGUGCCUACGCUCUCUCAAAGGUGGCCAACGUCUUGCACACCCUCCACCUCUCCCGCAUUCUCCUUAAAAUGGAUGCUAAUGUGACAGCCAACUGCGUUCAUCCCGGAAUCGUUAGAACCCGCCUCACUAGAGAUCGGGAAGGCCUCUUCACAGAUCUCGUGUUCUUCCUAACCUCCAAGCUAUUGAAGACUAUUCCUCAGGCCGCUGCUACGACAUGUUACGUUGCAACGAGUCCAGGGCUGAGGAAUGUGUCUGGCAGAUACUUUGCUGACUGCAAUGAAGCUUUUCCUUCCAAACUCGCUUCCGACAAAACCGAAGCUCAUAAAUUGUGGGCUGCUUCCGAUCUCAUGUCUUCCCCUCAUUUUCAACGCAACUUCGGCUCCCUCUUCAUCAUCAACAUCUCUAAUCAAUCAUCACCCGAUUCUUUUCUGUAACACAUACAUAUAUAGAUUAUAGAGCGUGACUCAACCCAUAUGCAUAUAUGUUUAUAUAUAUAUAUAUAUAUAUAGGUAUAUAGAUUUUAAGUCGUCGUUACGUAAAUGUAAUAGGUGUAGGCUUUUUGCAAGUCUUGUAGGCGUUUUGGAUCUCUCUCUUGUAUGUGUGUGUGUGUAUAUGUAAUAUGGGUUAUGUGCGAUUGAUAAUAUCGGUCUAACACAAUCCGGCUUUGUCCAA